GACGAAGGCUUCGCUGUGCAUUGUGGGACUCCGUCCACACACCGUUUACUUGUUCCAGUUCACACAGCGGCGGAGCCAAGAGUGGAGUGAGAGACUCAAGGAGACAUUUUGGGGUUGCUGCCGCCGCCGCUGCCGAAAGCGACCCUUGUGCUGAGCCAGACCUACACAGAAGAUGUCCAGCAGAGGUGGAAAGAAGAAGUCAACGAAGACAUCUCGCUCAGCAAAGGCUGGGGUCAUAUUCCCUGUAGGACGAAUGUUGCGUUACAUUAAGAAAGGUCAUCCAAAAUACAGAAUUGGAGUUGGUGCUCCAGUGUAUAUGGCAGCUGUACUUGAAUACCUUACUGCGGAAAUUCUUGAAUUGGCUGGAAAUGCAGCACGGGACAACAAAAAGGGUCGUGUCACUCCUAGACAUAUCUUGUUGGCUGUAGCAAAUGAUGAAGAACUAAAUCAGCUGUUGAAAGGUGUCACCAUAGCUAGUGGUGGUGUAUUACCAAACAUUCACCCAGAGUUGUUGGCAAAGAAGAGGGGAUCAAAAGGAAAACUGGAAGCUAUCAUCACUCCACCCCCAGCUAAAAAGGCAAAAUCUCCUUCACAGAAGAAAACCCCAGCAAAGAAAACAGGUGGCAAAAAAGGAGCAAGAAAAUCAAAGAAUGAGUUUUACACCAGUGUUAUUCAAGAUGUCUCCCAGCUCUGUGGUAAAAUAAGGGACUGGGUUUUGUCCCAAGGUUGGAAGAGAUGUGCUUUCUGUUUCCAUCUAGCCGCUGUAAGUGCAGGGCAUGGAUUGCCCGCUAAGUUUGUGAUCCACUGCAAUAGCCCCAGUUGGGGUGCAGAUAAGUGUGAAGAAUUACUGGAGAAGACAGUGAAGAACUGCUUAGCUCUGGCCGAUGAGAAGAAACUGAAAUCAAUUGCAUUUCCAUCUAUUGGAAGUGGCAAAAACGGUUUCCCAAAACAGACUGCUGCCCAGCUGAUCCUGAAAGCCAUUUCCAGCUAUUUUGUGUCAACAAUGUCAUCUUCAAUCAAGACAGUGUAUUUUGUGCUCUUUGACAGUGAGAGUAUAGGGAUCUAUGUGCAAGAAAUGGCCAAGUUAGAUGCCAACUAAGACUAGGAAGCAUACAACACCAACCUCCUCGCCCAGGCUCCCCUGCCCACAUUUUUCAUUUCCCCCUUAUUUUAAAUUUUGCUCAUCUAGGGGAAUAAAAGUGGGACUUUUUUGACUUUAUAAAAUGUUUUUAUGUUGGCACUGAUAGUUGGCAUUACUGCUGUUAAUGCACUGUUUUCCAGGCAUUGUCUGAAUUUAGUGUAAUUUAGGAGAUUUUAUAGUUUUAUUUUAAUGAAGUAUGGGUCGAUGCAGAAAGUUGUUAGCAGUACAUAGUCUUUUAUUCGUGAAAGAAACCAGCAGACCCUAUUUUGUAACUGUGUUGUGCUUCUAUCGAGUGGCGUUCCUUUCUCAUUUUUUAAAGAAUCAACAAAAAAGAGGCUACACGCCUAAUUUGUGUUUACUUCUUGUCUUAAUGAUGACUUUCAGAAGAAAAGAACCCUCUUGUCCUUAAUUAUAUUUGCAAUUUGGAAUUUGUGUGAAUUGAUUUAGUAAAAUGGUUGAAAUGGU